CUCGAUAGUUAUUAGUUUUAUUUUUAUUUAUUUUCUCUCUCUUGGACAACGAAAAACUAUCGUUUCCAACAAAACAAUAAUCUGUCAUUAGAUUAUUUAUUAUAUUUAUUUGUUAAUUAAUCAAAUAAAAUGCCAAAAGUAAGAAGAAGCAAAAAACCACUUCCAGAUGGUUGGGAAUUAAUUGAGCCUACUUUAGACGAAUUGGAGCAAAAAAUGCGUGAAGCUGAAACUGAGCCACAUGAGGGAAAAAGAAAGCAAGAAUCCUUAUGGCCAAUAUUUAAAAUUCAUCAUCAAAAAUCAAGAUACAUUUAUGAUUUAUUUUAUCGCAGAAAAGCAAUCAGUCGUGAACUUUAUGAUUUUUGUCUUGCUGAAAAUAUUGCUGACAAAAAUUUGAUUGCCAAAUGGAAAAAAGUUGGCUAUGAAAACUUGUGUUGUCUCAGGUGCAUCCAGACAAGAGACACAAAUUUUGGCACCAACUGUAUUUGCAGAGUUCCAAAAGGAAAAUUAGAAGAAGGCAGAAUUGUCGAGUGUAUUCACUGUGGCUGUCGUGGAUGUUCUGGCUAAUAAUUAGUCAAAAUCAUCAACAAGAUAUUAUUUAUUUAAACGUGACGAUCUUUAAUAUGACAGAUAACAAAUUUGACGCUACUGUUGAUAUAUUAUUGUAUUAUUAAUAUGUAUAAAAAAUUAAUUUAAUAAAUUUUUUCGAAUAAUUAUCAUUUAUAAAAU